UUCUUAAACACCUUACUCUUACUCAUACUCAUUGAGCUGAACUUGGUCGAAGCUAAUUCAAGACCAAUACCAGUGUCAGUCAUUUGAGAAGGUUAUUCAAAAUAAUUGCCCUAUCGUCAAAAAAAAAAACACUUAAACCCAUUUCUUGGGACGACGAUCUUCGUUUUGGGUUUCUCAAGACCUUGACACAGUUUCUGGUUUGGCUUAUUUUUGUUGUUGCUUGUUGUAUUUUCUUGUGUUUUUGUUUCUAUUUGUCACUGAUUUUCAUUUGAGUUUGAGUGUCAAGAAAAAAAGUGAAAGAAAAGAAAGGCAAAAAAAGAAUAAUAUCAACAAAAACACAUAAUUUUAUUGCAAACAACGUUAAAUUUAGCUCAAACAAUUGUUGUUGUUUAAUGUCUGGGUGUCUGUUUGUUUGGACGAAUGACCAAUCUUAAGGCCAUCAACACCGGUUUUAGACAGAUGACCCAUGGGAGUGCCCAUUACAAAACCACAGAAGAUUCCAAAAUAAGUUGCAUUACAAGUUAAACUGCAGUAAUAAGUGGUUGACCAUUAUCACAAUAUAAAAUUUAUCAUUCAAAAUAUUUUUUGUUCAGAAACUAAAUAAAUUAGAAUAUUCAGACUUUUAUCAUAAGUCUAUCUUAAUCAAGGAUACCAACAUUACUGUUUUAUAAGAAAUAAAAAAGAAUUGUGCGAAAAUAAUAAAUUUAAAAGUUUAAUUGCGGUUUUGAGUGGAUUACGUUAAAAGUUGUCAAAAUGAGAGUCCCUACGAUGUUAUCUGAACUACCAGAACUGCCAUCCAUUAAAUUGGGUGAUUUUGAAUUGGCAUUUGAACUAGAAGCACUACCAGAACAUGCCCGAGCAAUAGCUGAAAAUGAAUUAAGAGAAACGCCCGAAGUAAAGAAGAAAGCCAUUGAAGAUUUAAAAAAAUUGCUGGAACAGGAAACUGAAUUCACAUAUCCAAAAGACAAUGAUGAAUAUAUGGUGCGAUUUCUCAGACCCUGUAAAUUUUAUCCAGAAAGUGCAAGAGACUUGAUCAAGCGCUAUUAUUCCUUUAAAUUGAAGCACUGUGACAUUUACGAUAAUCUGUUACCGAGUCGAGAAGAGAACAUUUUCAAAUCGAAUGUGUUAACAGUUUUUCCCAAUCGCGAUCAAUUCGGAAGGAGAAUCUUACUUUUGGAGCUUGGAAAGAAAUGGAAGCACAAGGAAGUUUCCCUAGAUGAAGUUUUCAAAGGCUGUGUUCUCUUCCUCGAAGCUGCUAUGCUCGAGCCAGAAACUCAAGUAGCCGGAGCUAUUGUGAUAUUCGAUAUGGAUGGUUUGAGUAUGUCACAAACUUGGCAGUUUACACCACCAUUUGCCAAGAGAAUUGUAGACUGGUUACAAGACUCUGUACCGCUGCGUGUGAAAGCAAUUCAUAUUGUCAAUCAACCAAAAAUCUUUAACUUAGUCUUCGCUCUGUUUAAGCCAUUCUUCAGGGAGAAGUUGCGUUCCCGCAUUUAUUUCCAUGGCAACGAUCGGGAGUCAUUGCAUAAGCACAUUUCUCCAAAAUGCCUACCACCAGCUUAUAAUGGUAUCUUGGAACAACAACGAGUCGAUGGAAUCCAAUGGUAUCAAUUGAUGAAACUUUGCGAACAGGAAUAUGUUGCAAUUAAUUCGUAUGGUUAUAAGAAAAAGUAGUAAUUUUUGUUUGUUUAGUUUUACAAUUGUAUAAUUAUUUUAAGCAGUAACGGUGCUGUGUGUUGAUUUUUAUUGUUUAUUUAUUUUUAAAAAUGAUUUCUUCUUCGUUAAUGAGUUUUAGUACGUACAAUUCUCAAAAUGAAUUAAUUUUUAAUACAAAAUAAUAAUUUAAAACAAAAAUGGCAAAUGGGAUAAAUUAAUGUCAUUUUAAAGGUUUAUUAAUAAAAUAUAAUUAUAUACCUACUGAUAUAAAAAACUACAAACGCACAACUUUUAAUUGUAAAUUAAAUAUUAAAUAAUUUUUUAAAAAACAACAAUAACGUCUCAAUUAAUGAAAAGAACAAAAAUAUAGGUAGGUACCUAUACCUAUUAAAAUUGUUGUUACUUUUUUUUAUGAACAAUAAAUCAUAGGAAUAAAGAAAA